AUGGCGACACAAACAACCAACAAACUACCCACAGCAAGCGUGCCACCUCAGAAAGUCGAGUUGAACAUUAAGGACAACAAAAAGACAGCCAACGUUAAAGUGAAAUCCACAGUUAUCAAUGUACAGGAAAAUACGUGGACUCAGGGACCAGAGAACCCGGCGCCAAAUGAUUCCGGCAAAGGAAAAAUGGUUUUAACCGUUGUAAUUAUCGUCCUUAAGUUUUGUGUGCUCGGCCUUCUCAUUGCAGCUGUUGGUCUUGAAGUCCGGAGUUUGUUCUACUCUUACUGGGGAUAUGAUGAUUACUUGUACGGGGGAUACGAAGGACGGAUAUACCGCAGUCUCUGGGGAUACUAUGAAGUCGGGGAGGAGUACCUGUUCAGCAAGCAUAAAGAAGGAAACUGGCAAGAUUGGAAGAAACCCUUCAUAAAAUUCCAAUGCCUCGCCUUGGCUCUGGGUUUAGCGAGUACCCUGAUACACGCCAUCUUGAUAGCAUUGACCUUCGUCAAUCCCCACAAAGCUGUUAAAAUUGCUCUUUUGGUGGCAGUUACACUUCUGUCUAUCGGGAGCGGCGGUUUAGUGGCGAAAACAGUGAGGGAUUUUCACAAGACGAGGCCAUUCCUUGGAUUUGGCACCAAUGCUGUAUUACCUGGAGUAGAAUUACAAACUUUUACUCAGGAAGGAUACACCCAGGCUUUAGCCAGUGGCGCCACCUACUUGUCAGCAGCAUUCCUGUCAAUUGUUCUGAUUGUAUUAACAGCUGUCAGGCACGCAAAGGAACCGACUAGCGUCACACCAAUGAAAACAUCAUCGGAAGAUUAA